ACACAAGUACGCAAGAGAGAAGGGAGAGAGUGUUCAUCCGGAAAGAAAAUAAAAAGAAGAGAGGGAGUAUUCGCCUCAGUAGCAGUAGCAGUAGCUUGGUUCAAACAACAGUCAACACCAUAUGCAUGCAGAUUGAUCGAUGGGUUCAGAGAAGUUCCCUGCCCCUGUGGCCGACCUGUGCGACGCGAACGCCUCACUGAUCCUCACCGGCGAGCUGCGCAUCCUGGAGCCCGUCUUCCAGCCGUACGGCCAGUGCAGGUCCUUCUCGGGCCGGGUGGUCACCAUGCGCGUCCUCGAGCACAACGCGGGCCUGCGCGCGCUCCUGGAGACCCCCGGCGAGGGUCGCGUCCUGGUGCUCGACGGCGGUGGCAGCAAGCGGUGCGCGCUCAUCGGCGGCACGCUGGCGGAGGUGGCGCGCCGCAGCGGCUGGGCGGGGGCCGUCGUGAACGGCUGCGUCCGCGACGUGGACGACGUGAACGGCUGCGCCAUCGGCGUCCGCGCGCUCGCCAGCAACCCCCGCAAGCCCGGGAAGAGCGGCGCCACGGAGAUGCACGUGGACGUGGACGUCGGCGGUGCCGUGGUCCGUGACGGGGAGUGGCUGUACGCGGACAGCGACGGCAUCGUUGUCUGCGACAGGGAGAUUUACGGUUGAUGUGAUGUGAUCGACCCCAACGUGGCUCAUUCCACACAGUUUGUCUUCGGCUGUCUGCCUCGCGUGUUCUCUCUAAGUUUGGUGUCGAUAUUGUUUUCUCUCUUGCAUGGGGUGAUUCUUCAUGGGCCAUGUAAAAUGCUCCAUAGUAAAAGUAUUAUUUCUGGCAAGAUGUAAUAAUACCAUGCACUGUUCUGUGCAUUUCAUUUCUCGUUCAUGUUCACAUGUUUCGUAACGUUUCUUUGUUUUUUUUCUUUAAAAUUGAGCCUCGUUUAUAUUAGAUCAAUGGAAACAUUGUGUACAAUGGGAUUUAAAGCAAGGUAACUAAAUCCUCAGACGCAAUAAACUGCCCUAAAAAAAGGACGACUAAAACUAAGAUUAUAUCCUUCAAAAAUCUGGUUGAAGGCACAGCUGAGCUUAUUAUUGUCGUUACACAAACCAUAGUCCAUAGCUAUCCCCGAUGAUGGACAACAUCGAGAAAUUCAGCCACUGAACUACCUGAAAGACCGGUAGAUGAUCAAAUAUCAUUGAACUCUCGCAAUAGUAGACCACCCUAAACAAACGGGAUUCCAAAUCACGCCAAGUAUAUGCACGGGGAUAUCACCCCGAUCUAGCCAGCCAAUGAGCUAGUAUCGCAAGACCAGACUGAUGACUUUGCUCGGAAAGGCUCAAAAGAAGGGACCAUUCAAGCAAAGCUGUUGCCGACAAUGCCAAAGGAACCAUGCUGACAAACAACAUGAAUUAACAAUCCCAUGUCUACGAAGAACAAUAGGGACAUAUUUCCAAAGCUA